CGGUCUUUUAAUUAUAUACUGGCACCAACGUUUUUUCGACGUGUACUCGCAUUUGAAGGUUCAUUAAUACAACGGUUCGUCACGGUAGUAAGAGUGUUGCUCGUGCGAGGUACUCGGUUUGUAUGGUAUCGCACGCUGUAUAGCAUUAUCUCAAGUUGUAUCCUCACCCUUUUCGCCUGCACAUGGACUUCGAUCCAUCUGAACAUUUCAUGUCAUUCGCCACGUGCCGGAAUCAUACUCGCCGCUUUGGUUGCUCCAAAGUUAGUGAUCUUAUGGGCCAUGCGGCAAAUCUUCCACGCGGGCAAGUUUGUAAAUAAAUUCAAUGAUGAAUUAUUCAAGGGUGAGUCGAUUCGUGAACCGGGAUUACCACUUAGCGUUACAGGGAGUUUCCGGUGGAGUAGGACCCAUGGGUUCUUUGCCAUGAUGGGCGGGUUUAUACUCUAUUACAACGGUCAACCUCAUCACACCCUGCCCGACGAACUUUUCGACUUCAUACUUUCUGGGAGAGUCGAUCAAAACCAAGCUGUAGAGAUAACUGGGGAUGAGAUUAAAGACAAGAGUAAAAGGGACGUGGUCUCCAAGGCAGUCCUUGUCCUACAGAUCACCUGGUUUCUUACUCAAUAUGUCACCCGCUACAUCAAACACUUGGUAAUUACGCAACUUGAAGUUGGCACGCUGGCGUUCGCCGUGCUGAAUAUCAUCACCUGCUGUUUCUGGUGGAAGAAACCCCUUAAUGUGCAGCGUCCUCAUCGUGUGUAUUUCAAGGACGAGGUACAGGAACCCUGUAACAUCAAAGAAAGAGGUGAUUCCGACGAAUGGGAUACACCGAUUUACCGCGUUUUCGGACCAUUUUUUGGCAUGCUGGGCGGCCUCGUCGACCAUAAAGAUGACCUGAAACUUUAUUACGAGCCUCUUCGGGUUCCCACAUUUUUGCCGAUUACCAACGCCUUCAAUUGUAAACGAGACACCAAGAUAAUAAGUCUUGUCGGACUUGUAGUGAUGGUCAUUUUCGGUGGACUGCAAUUUUUCGCAUGGUUUUCCCUCUUCCCUACACACCUAGAGCAAGGUGAGUACGCUCAUCAUCACUGGCUUACCUUUGUUUGUUGUCCCGUGCAUGCUGCUCGUCUCUAUCGGCGUCGCCGAAACGGCGGCGGUGUAGGAUUGUUCUUGUUCUUCAUUUUACCAGUGAUAUAUUUCGUUGCACGUAUAGUCUUACUGACACACAUGGUUAUUGAUUUGCGAUCGCUUCUUUCUGACGCCUACAAGCAGUAUCUUGGAUAUAUCUCUUUCCUUAUUUGUAGCAAUCUAUACUUACUAGGAUUGUUUGCAACACCUUAGCGAUGCUCAAUUUCAAAGACGACACUAAACUC